GAAACAAAAAUAAAAAACAAAUCAAAAACAAAAUUUGAACAAAUUUUCAAAAUAAAAAUGAAAAAAAAAACUGAAAAAUUUAAUGCUACUUCUCCUGUAGUAUUUAGUUUAACACAAAUGGCGUGAAAUCAUACAAGCGGUGCGCGGAUUGUUUUUAAACAAAAUAAUUAAUAAUUAAUUAAAAUAAAAUUAUCUCAAACAAAAAAAAUUGAAAAUAUUCAAAUUAAAUAUUAAAAAAAGAAAAACAAGAACAGAAACAAAAUAAAUUUGUCAAAAUACAGAAUUUAAAACAAAUAGAAAACAAAAUUUCAAGAAUCAUUGUGAAAAUUGAAACAAAAGUCGUCACCAUUUAAGUAUUUAGUGCCUUAAAAAAAGUUUCAUGCGUUUAAUUUUUUUGUGUAUAAAGAUCAUUGGCGAUCAGUGCCAUUAAUUUAAAAUUAAUCAACAAAAAAAAGAAAUAAAAUAAAAUAAGGCAGAAAUAAAACGUGUGAACCGUAAAAUAAUUACGUGAUUUUUCUGUCUCAGUGGCUUAACUAAACGAAAAAGAAAUAACAUUUUUCAAAAGAUACAUAUUUAAAGAAAAAUUAACGAAACUGAAAUUUGAUUUUAAACAAAUUGAAAUCAAUAAACCAUAACAAAAAGAAUUAAUUAAAAUUGUAAGGAAAUUUGCCAACAGCAGUAACACCUUUUAAAGUCUACACAAGUUUCCUCAUUCGAAAUAAAAUAAUAAUAAAAUAAAACACAAAACAAAAACAAAAAAAACAUUUUGAAAUUUGCAAAAUGGAUUUCAUAUCGAAUUUAAUAAAAAGACCAAUUAGUUUAGUAUUAAACGAAACGUCAACCACAAUGGAUAAAUACCCGAUCUCAGCAUCUUUGCCCAAUACACCAGCCAGUGGAGGAUUGGAGAAUAAAACGGAUUCGGCAACUGCCGCUAAUGGAGAACACAAACAAACGAAUUUAAAUCACAGCAAUAAUAACAACAAUCGUCCUUUAAACAUGAACUCUUCGUUUAAUGGUGACAACAUGACCGAUUUUAUUGGGGUACCCGAAGAAUUUCUCGAUGAAUUUAAGGAUAUUUUACCACCUCCUCCACUAACUCUACAAAAUACGGACCCCUUAACACAAUCCAUUUUGGAUAUGGAUAAUAUACGUUGCUUAUCCGCUACACCACCACCUCCGCCACUACCUUCACACUCACAGACGGAGCAAAUGUUAACACCUUCAAUGAAGGCUUCGCAAACGAUUGAUGAACUAUUAUUGCAAAUCAAUGAUAAUCUGCAGCAAGCUGGCCUCAAUGAUGAGGUUUUGGCCAUUGCUUCGCCACCUAAUAAAUCAGAGUUGAGUCCCUUAUCCUCCAAAGCGGCUUUAAACAACUCAAAACUGUUAAAUUCAUCUACGGGCUCGAAUAUACAAGUUAAUAAUAAUAAUAAAACUCCCUUAACGGCUGCUGGUUCAGCAACGGUUUUUGAAAACAAUUCUUCAAUUCACAAAUUUCAUAUUGAUCCAGAAUUGGAAACUGGUAUAUUUAGUGAUCAACAUCAUGCAGCGUUAGAUCUAUUGCACUCAAAGAAUACUGGUGUUAAUAGAUCUUCUAAUAAGUUUGUGGGUUUAACGGAAUUCGAUGAAGCUAAAAUACCAGAGUUACCGGGUGAUUUAAAUCCCAAUAUUGAAGAACAAUACAAUGUAACGUUUGAGGAAUGUUUUAUACCAACAUUAACCGCCCAACAAGGCACAAAAGUUCCUGAUGAAUUUAUUGUUGACAAAACUCAUCUCCUAUUACCCACUGAGUCGGAUGCAAUUUCAUCGGAAAAUGAAACCUUUGCCGAUUGUGAUGAUGACAAGGAUCCCUUGGCCACUACUUUUGCUGAACAGGCCACUUUGGAUGUGACCACAGAUUUGGAGUCUUAUCAGAGUGCCAUCAACAAUAGUUUGAAUACAAAUCUUAAUAAUACCAUGGAAAAUCUAGCCGAUCUAACCAUGGAGGCCGAGGGACAGCCUUUACAUAAACUCCAACAAACUCAACUGGCUGAAGACUUUCAAAGUGAAUUCCAUCAGGCUCAAACUAUGGAGGCUGAGGGACAACCUUUAUAUAAACUCCAACAAACUCAACUGGUUGAAGACUUUCAAAGUGAGCAUAAUACACCUUUACAUGAAUUCCAUCAAACUCAACUGGUUGAAGAUGCUCAGAAUGAGUAUCCACCACAACAAUUUGAGGCUAUGGAUGAAGAAGAACCCAUGGAUAUUUCUAUGAAUGCAACCAUGGAUAUUAUACACAACACCUCGAGUAAUAUUGAACGUGUGGAAAUGGUUUUGCAACAUGCUGAAAAUAUACUGCAACAUAUUGAAGACAAAAAGCCCAUGGAAGAGUUAAAUGUGACCGAAAAUGUCCAAGGUUUGUUGGAAAAACAAACGGAGACAUCUAAAAUGUCUUUUAUGGUAAAUACACCCCUGGAAAGUGUGGCAGAUAAAAGUCAACAUUUAGAAAUAGAGCAAUCUAAACAUGAAUUGUCUUUAAAUAAAAGUAUUGAAUUGCCCGUCAAUAAGACAUUGAGUUCUGAAUGUAUUAUUGAAACUGUUAAUAAGGAAGUGGCUGCAGAGCAAAAUAAUGAACCUCAGCAGCCGACGAAACCAGACACUUCUAAUAACCUAAAUUUAACCAUAGAUUGCAUGAAUUCAAGCACUACCAGCAAUUCUUCAGCCAAGUCUGCUGCAGCUGCUGAUAGCAAAAUCGAAACAAAGCUAAAUUUAUCAUUGGGCUUGAGUACUUCAGUGAGUUCACUGAAAAGUUCUGCACCCAGUUCUCCCUCUUUCCCCAUCAAACCUGCACAUAAUGCUGGUUUUCCUCGUUCUCCCAAAUCACAGGGUGAAAAACCAAAAGAAUCUCCUUUUCUGGAGAAAUCUGAUUAUUUUGCAAAUCAACAAACUCAAAUUGCCGCAGAGAAAUCUAUUAAUGAUUUAAAUGGAACAUAUGUCGAGACAUCUGCAACUACUGCGACAACUAAUUUAAAUGGCACGUUUGUAGAACCUUUCUCAGUGGUAAACGAAAACAACAAACGUCUUACUUAUGGUGUGGACACUGCAUUGCCAGAAGCUAUUGUUCAGUUGGACACGACGAAUGAAGAACUUAAAAAUAAACGUCAAACUUUCUCAUUUGAUGCUCUAGCCGAAGAAAAAUCGGCUGAUGAAAAGCGUCGUACUUUUAGCAUUAAAUCGAAUGAAACAGCUUCAUCACCACUCAUGCAAUUUCCUUCUAUGGAUAAACCCGACAAUUCACGUCGUACUUUCGCUGUUAAUGAAACCAUUAUUAUGCCACAAGAAACUUUGUCAGCCUGUGUUAAAAGUGAUAUGAACUCCAGGCGUACAUUUAAUGUGGCAUCGGAAGAAUUUCAUGUAGAACCAACCGUACAAACUGCCAUGGAUACUAGUUUCGAACCCAUGGAAGUUGAUGACAUUGUGUCACAAAAUACCACGAUGUCUAUGCCUAUAGAUGUAGAGCAAAGAUCACAGUCUCCGCCCUUGCCGGCCAUGCAACAAAGAUCACAAUCUCCUCCUCUACCAACCAUGCAACAAAGAUCACAAUCUCCUCCUUUGCCAACCAUGCAACAAAGAUCACAAUCUCCUCCUUUGCCAACCAUGCAACAAAGAUCACGAUCUCCUUCAUUGCCAAGAUCACAGUCACCCGCAUUCUCUAUAAUGCAACCAAGAUCACAUUCUCCUUCUCUGCCAACAAUGCAACCACGAUCCCAAUCACCUCCUCUUUCAGCCAUGCAACCGCGAUCCCAAUCUCCUCCACUACCAACGAUGCAACCCCGAUCCCAAUCUCCUAAUCUGCCAACUAUGCAAGCCAGAUCCCAAUCACCUCCUCUCCCAGCCAUGCAACCAAGAUCACAAUCACCUUCUCUCCCGGCCUUGCACCAAAACAAUUCUAAUAUCCCUCCAACCUCUCAACUAACAUCAGUAGUGCCCACUGACCAAGAAGUCGCCAACAUUAAAGAAGAACAAAUUUCACCACCAUCCUUUGAAUCAACCAGCACAUCAUUUGCUUCACAACCUCUCUCCACACUCAUACAAAAAAGACCCUCCAUACGCGAUGCUCGUGCUCGUGCUGCUGAUAUUCUCUCAGCCAAAGAACAAUCGAAUAUCAAAGUUAAAGAUGAAAAAGAUGUUUUCGUAGAGAAAUUUACACCAUCUCCCAUUGAAGAUAUAUUUACAGCUGUCUCGGCCACUUCAACAACCUUAACAAAUUCUUCGGGAUUUUCAGAAUUUGAUCAGACUUCAUCGUCCUCCACAUCAAUUAUGAAUUUUGGAGAACAACAAACAAGACCACAACAGCAACAACAACAAGAAUUUGAUGAUGAAUUCAAUGGAAAUAACAAUGUUAUUUUCAAUCCAUCCGAUUUUGAAUAUCUUCUAACAAAAGGCAAUAACAAUACACCAGUGGAUCGUAGUUCAUUGUUAUUGAAAUUUGAUCCAUUGCUUGGUUUACCAGUGCCAGUUAAUCAGGGACUACAGCAACUACAACAAUUACAAAUACCAACUAAUACUAUUAAUCCUUGUUUAAGUCCAACACUUGAAGAAGACGAACAUAACGACAGUAAUCGUUCAUUUGUUAUAGACACAAAAUCAACAAGCGGAUUAUCCUCAUUAGUAACAGGAGGUGGGGCAGCAGCUGUAGGAGGAGGAAUAACCGGUGCCAGUGCCAAAUUAUUGAAAGAAAGAUCACAAGAAGUUAAACAGCAAUUGCAGUUGGAACAACAGGUCCAACAAAAUAAACGCCAAUUAGCACAGGGAGUAAACAAAAAUGCCACUAUGAGUGUCGAUGUGAUUAAGGAUAUGAGUUUAGAUAACGAUUGUAAUAAAACUUUCGAGAAUUCCAAUUCCACACAAUCGGAUGAUAAACAGAUCAACUAUAAAAUGGAUGAACUUGAAAAGAAAAUCAAAAAUGAAGUUCUUAAAACAGAAGAUAUUGAAAAGAAACUUAAAGAUGCUGAACAAAGGGAGGAGGUUUUAAUCAAACGUAUCACAGAAAAAGACAAAACAAUAGCAAAAAUGACUGGUGUUAUUGAAGCCUAUGAAAAAGCCAUAGCUGAAUUAAUUGCCGAUAAAGAACAAUUAACACAACAUUACGAAAAACAAUUGGCUGAAGUUAAGGCCGAUCGCGAUUCAAAUUAUCAUCAUUUAACAUCACUGGAAACAACAUUUUCCGAUUUGCAUGUAAAAUAUGAAAAGAGCAAAGAAAUGACCUGCCAAUUAAAAGAAAGCGAAGAAACUUUACAAGCGGAAAAGCGCAAGAAUUUAGAAAACCUUCAUUUACAGGAACAACGAUAUGACAAAAUGAAAAAUCAUGCAAUGCAACAAUUGGAAAUCGCCAACAAAAAACUUGAAUCUCUAACACGAGAGCACUCAAUAGAAAUAACAAAACUGAAAGCCUUACUUAAAAAAGAAGAAAUCGCCCGAUCAUCCAUACAUGAGCAAUUGGCUCAGAAGACUAAAGAAAACGCCGAACUCGUUAAGAUAUGUGAUGAACUCAUUUCGGGUCAAGGAAGUUAAAGAGAAGGAUCAUUUUUUGUUUGAUCCUUUUGAUCCCAAUAAAACAUAUUGAAUGAUAUUUUUUUUUUCAUUUAUUUGUAUUCUUUAAUUUUAAAUACUAAUUAUUUAUUUAAAAUGUUUUCUAAUUUGUAUUCUAGUUUCCUAAAUAAGAAUGAUUUAAGAGAAAGAAACAAAAAAACUUAGAAAACACACACAGUAAAGCGCACACACACAUACAAAAAACAAAAAAACUAUAAAAGAAAGCAACCAAAAAUCCCUAAUAAUUAAUUUUAUUAUUAAUUUAAUUUGUUUUUUGUUGUUGUUGUAGAGCAUCCGGUUGUGUUUCUUAAAAAGGCGCUUUAAUUUAAUGUUUGUUUUUUAGUUCAGAGAAGAAACAACAAAAAAUAAAACUCAACUCAUUAAAUUUAAUGUUAUUUUAAGUAACAAAUAAUAAUUAAUAAUAAUAAUAAAAGAAUAGAAAACAAAUACAAAAAGAAAGUAAUACUUUAUUCAUUUAAAAUAAGGAAAGGUACUUUACACGUACUACAUACAAAUACAUACUCGUAUUAGAGUGAAUGAAUGAAAAAUAUGUAGAAUGCAAACCAUUACAGGUCACAUACAUACACAAGUUAAUUAUAUUUUUUUUAUUUCAAAAAAAAAAUAAUAAUUUUCUAACCUAAUUGUAUUAUUUGCUGCUAAAUAAAAUUUUUUUAUUUUAGUUUUUUUUACCUCCUGUUUUUAGAUUGUUGAGUUUGAAAAAAAUCUGUUAAUUUUUAUGUUAAAAUAACUUUAAUCAUAAACAUAAUACAAUACAACUUUACUUUAAAUGUUGUUUUUAUUCCCUAUUAAAUAAUUUAUUUUCCUAUUUUUUUUUUCAUUAAAUCCUUAGUUUAACAUUUAUUUAAAAUUUUUUUUAUCAAUUGUAUUUUUAGUUAAGCUUAAAAUUAUUAAAACAAAAACAUAUUUAAUACUAAAACAAACUGAUUAAUAAAAUAAAACAAUUAUAAUAAAACAGAAAACAAACAUGAAUGUAAUGUAAUGAAACAGAAAA